ACGUUUCCCCGGUUAGGCUGUCAUUUUUGCAUUUCCCAUAGAUCUGAAUUUGGGUAGAUUUUGGAACGCCUCGUUCUUGGUGCGUGCCUUUGGCAACGCUAAACUUGUAGGGGAAAACGGCCCAGUGCAAUUUUUGUGUAUGGACGGCAAACAAACCCGAAAGAAUAAGCAUGAUGGGAUAUUGUGCUCCAUAUGGUUGCGUACAACGCCGUACAAUCACAACAAGGUAACUGGUAAAACCUUGCAGAGGUAUAAAAUUGUUUUGUCACCUUUUUUUCCAAAUAGUCUGUAUUCGCUGCACACGCUUUGACGUUGUCAAGUAACCAUCGCGAAAAUCGACUAUUUUUUUGUAUGUUUGUCCACGCGUUGCUUUGAGAGGAAACUCGCCCUUGCCAACAUGGCCGUUACGUUAGCAUGGUGUUCAGUUGGUCUUCGACAGUAUAUUACGUAUCUGUAAUUUUGUGUAACCAUUCGACUCUGUGGACAGUGGGCAUUUGAAGCAGGCGCGUUUGCGCUUCGAGUCGUCGUUCAUGUCCAGUUGAGUCAUUUUUUGUUACAAUGAGCGAUAUGGACCCUUCCGGGGCACCGAGUGUGCGUGUUACGGAUCCUCCCGUCGACGAACAAUGUCCCAAACCCGAACUUUCUGCUGCAAUGCGGGCAAAAAUUGAGAGGAAUCGACAACGGGCGCUGAUGCUCCGACAAGCCCGGAUAGCGAGCCGCCCUUUUGCUGCAGAGCAGAGUGCGACUUUGGCCAAAGUAUGUAAAACCAUCGACACCGGUGCGGGGUUUUUCAUCGAAGAAGAGGAGGGCUUGCAGGAGAAGCAGACGGCCAAUAGGGUGGUACAUCAGCCAGCUCCGGUCAUUGAGCCAGACUACCUGUUUUGUGAUGACUGUCAAAAGCCUUUUAUGGAUUCCUACCUCAGCAACAGCUUCGACCUGUCUGUGUGUGACAAGUGCAGAGACAGCACUGAGAAACACAAGUUGAUCUCCAGAACUGAGGCCAAGCAGAUCUACCUGCUGAAAGACUGUGAUCUGGACAAGCGAGAGCCUCCUCUUAAGUUCAUCUUGAAGAAAAACCCUCACAACCCACGCUGGGGGGACAUGAAGCUCUACCUUAAAAUACAUGUAGAGAAGCGAAGUAUGGAGGUGUGGGGUUCCGAGGCGGCGCUGGAGGAAGCCAAGGAGACGAGGGAAGAGAACAGAGAAGUGCAGAAGCAAAAACGCUUCAACAAGAAAGUCAAAGAGCUGCGUCGGGCAGUGAGGAGUAGCAUGUGGACCAAAGAUACUAGCGCUCACCAACAUGAAUAUGGACCAGAGGUGGUGGUUGAUCCGGAAGAGGAUCUCUACAAGAAAACGUGCAGGACCUGCGGGCAUGAACUCACCUAUGAAAAGAUGUAAACUGACACUACGGUGCAAUGCCUCUGCUCGGAAGCAUAUUGUCACAUUCUUCUGAAUCACUUUUAGUUUAAAAUUUUCUAAUAAAACACUUGACUCGA